GAAACUCGGCACCACUGUAUGCACUGCACGCAAUAUUCCCCACGAACGGUGCUCACCUGCGCUUUCAACCAAAACUUGCUUGGCCAGCCAGAAACGUAUAAACAGUCCAGUAAAAUGAUCUCGCUAAUCGGAGUCGUGGCAUUUUUGUUCAUUUUUCUGGACGCAAAUUAUUUCGUCCGAAUCGCGUUCACGAUCCUCUUUGGACGGAUUUUCCAGUCAAAAAAGAAGCCAAAUGAACAAACAGCCAUUUACGGGUUGUGUACAACACAGGAUGUAGAUAUUUUUGUCCGCCACAUGAACAACGCUCGCUAUGUGCGUGAAAUGGAUUUUGCCAGGUUUCACUUCUACGAUCGCACGGGACUGUAUGAGAGCAUUGUAGAAAAUAAGGGCAAUGCCCUGCAGGGCGCUUGCAACAUUCGUUACCGCAGGACCAUUCCCAUAUUUACUCCCUACAAAGUCAUAACCAAGUUGGCCGGUUGGGACGAAAAAUCCAUCUACCUUGAGCAGCACUUUGUCACUUUUGACGGAUUUAUCAGAGCGGUGGCACUGAGCAAGCAAAAUAUUGUUGGCGUUAAUGUGAACCAAAUGCUCAAAGACUAUCCUAAACCUCAACAAACACUCGAUUUGACCCAAUGGCUGCAAAGCAUUGAAACCUCAAGCGAAAGACUGCGAAAGGACAAAUAAUCUUAUAAACAAAUCUUGCUCAAAUUAAAUAUUUUUUUAUCUGUUGAAGGUUUUGUUGAAAAUAAUAAAAAUUUAUUUGUUGGGAUAAAUA